AUGCAGCGCCAGUGCCAGCGCGCGGAAUUAGUCUAUCCCGACUUACGCCAGCCAACCAUCAUGCCGCUGGAGCUACCUGAGCCCUUGGGCCCGAAGCUUUUCAUUUGGGGUGAGCCCGUGCUGCGCAAGUACUACACCGUCUACGACUGGCAGGAUCAGCAGAUCGGCUUCGCGCUUGCAAAGCACAUGCCCAGUGAGGUUUCCGCGGACGAAGAGGCGAAGCAACUCCGGGCCGCCUACCCGGUGGUCCAAUGGUCCUCUGCUGCUAUGCGACUCAUGUCGUUCUCAUCGCUGUGGUCUAAGGUAGUCCGAGUGCUGGGGAGUGUCUCAGGGUUGCACAGCUGCCCCCAUUGCCCAACCAUCCGAGUCAUACGUGUACACAACUGUCGCUUGUCGAGUCUGUUCCCGCAUAAUUUACAGCCACGGAGAAUUCGGAGGCAGAGACAGGCUGCGUUUGCGCACUUGGACAGGUAG